AUGGCUCAGGUCGAAUGGACAGCGCUGGAGAGCAACCCGGAGGCCAUCAACCAGUUUCUCGGCAAAAUUGGCGUAUCCUCGGUGGAUUGCGUGGACGUCUACUCGUUUGACGACGAGAUGCUCGCGUUCAUCCCGAAGCCGCAGUUGGCCAUGCUCCUCUGCUUCCCGGAUUACAGAAAGGUUGACGCGAUCAUGCGGCCCAUCUACGAUAAGCUGCAGCAGGAGGGCACCAAGGUCCCCGAAAACGUGUUCUUCAUGGAGCAAAAGAUUCGGAACGCCUGCGGCACGUUCGCCCUGUUCCACGCGCUCGGCAACAUUGAAAAGCAGGCGGACAUGGGCCACGGCCCUUUCCGCGCCUUCCUCGACAAGGCGAAGGCGUUGAAACCGGCUGAGAUCAGCGGGCUGCUUGAGAAGACGUCGGAUUUGGCAACCGCUCAUGAAGAAGCUGCUCGAAGCGGCGAGACGGAGACGCCAGCCGGCGACAAGGUGGAGCAUCACUUCAUCUGCUUUGUCGGCGUCGACGGGACGUUGUACGAAAUCGAUUCGCGAGCCCCAUUCCCGCGGCCGCUCGGCAACACCACGCCCGACACGCUCGUCAAGGACGCCGGCGUGCACGUGCAGAAGCUGAUGUCCCAGAUGGACAACAUUUCCUUCGCCGCCAUGGCCAUCGUGCCCAAGCAG